AUCAAACAGUUUAUACUGAGUACAAAAAGUGACUUUAAGGACAUUUGCCACCAGAUCAUCCCAUGCUUCCAGUACAGAGAAAUGGGCACAGAUAUAGAAAGCAAGCAAGACGUUUAUAACAUGUAUUGGGCCAUAUUUUGUGGGAUUAUAAUUGCGACCGGGCUGGUAGUGAAUGCAUUUAUCACGCUUGUUAACAUCAUUGACUGGUCAAGGGAACGAAGUCUGAAGCUCUGUGAUAAGGUCUUAUCGGUAUUGUGUUUGACCAGAUUUCUCUUACUAUGGUUUUUUUUGUUGGAAUUGAUUGGGGGGUUCAUGCAACUCAUCCACUUCUCCGCCUUUGGCACAUUCUGUAUUUUUUACAUAUUUGAGCUUUCUCUGGAUUAUUUCAGUCGCUGGUUGGCUAUGUGGCUCAGUGUCCUCUAUUAUGUGAUGAUCACAAUUUCUAAACAUGCUUUGGUGCUACGUCUGAAGUCGAGGAUCCCUAUGAUCACAAGGUACAUCCUCGGGGGGUCCAUGUUGAUUUCCAUCCUUGCAGCAACGAGUUUCUCUUUGAGUGGUGAAGAGUAUCCUUGUGUACAGAACACUGGGACCAAUGUCACUGGCAACGUGACUUCUCAAUUUACUCAACCAUUUAUAUUGACUUCAGUUUUUCUUGGACAAUGUUUACCUUAUAUGAUCGAAAUCAUUUCCUCCCUGUAUCUUCUCUGUACAUUGUUUAUUCACGUGAAGCGCAGAGUUUCAAGUGCUUCUUCCCCCAACAUGGAUGCUCAUUGGUCUGUUAUGAGAUACAUUCUUGUAUUGAAUCUCCUGUCUAUGUGCAAUUUUCUUGGUAACCUUUCUAUCUGGUUCUGGAUGUCUUAUAAUGAUCUCCUUGGAAUUUCACUUGGUUAUAUAUUGGUCUAUUCAUAUCCAGUCCUGCAUUCAAUAGUUUUUAUCCCAAGCAAUUCAAAGCUGAAAAGGGAAAUACGACAUUUAUUCCAUUGUACAAAACUAUUUUGUUGCUCCAUGAAAGACCAGCUGGACUCCAGAGCUCAAACUGUUCCCCAAAGAUCUGUCUGAUGUGGUUGUGCUUUAGCAAUCCUUUAAAUAUCACUUAUCAGAUUUAUUUGUCUAAAGUUG